GGCACCGGGGAGGGACGGCCGGAUGUGAGUGGAGCGGCCAUUUCCUGUUUCUCUGCCGAUUUCCCCAGCUUUGGGUGGUGGCCGCUGCUGGGCUUCGGCUUCCCGUAGGUGGAAGGCGAGGCGGCGUGGACUGCGGCCCCGGCACCCUGCGUCCUGCCGCCCGCAGCCGCGUGCCCGCCUGCCUAUUGCGCCCCGAGCCCGCCGCUUCUCGCCUGUGUGCCCGGUCGCCGCCUCCGCUGCGGCCCAGCAAGCGGCCCAGAUGCAGGCCAUCAAGUGUGUGGUGGUGGGAGACGGAGCCGUAGGUAAAACCUGCCUGCUGAUCAGCUACACAACCAAUGCAUUUCCUGGAGAGUAUAUCCCCACUGUCUUUGACAACUACUCUGCCAAUGUUAUGGUAGAUGGAAAACCGGUGAAUCUUGGAUUAUGGGAUACUGCCGGACAAGAAGACUAUGACAGAUUACGUCCCUUGUCUUAUCCGCAGACAGACGUGUUCUUAAUCUGCUUUUCUCUCGUGAGUCCUGCGUCAUUUGAGAACGUCCGUGCAAAGUGGUAUCCUGAAGUGCGACACCACUGUCCCAACACUCCCAUCAUCCUGGUGGGGACAAAGCUUGAUCUCAGGGAUGACAAAGACACGAUUGAGAAACUGAAGGAGAAGAAGCUGACGCCCAUCACCUACCCGCAGGGCUUAGCCAUGGCUAAGGAGAUCGGUGCUGUCAAAUACCUGGAGUGCUCGGCUCUCACCCAGCGAGGCCUCAAGACAGUGUUCGACGAAGCCAUUCGAGCCGUUCUCUGCCCACCUCCCGUCAAGAAGAGGAAGAGGAAGUGCCUGCUGUUGUAGACGUCGGCCGGCCCCCGCCGCCCGCCCGGGAGCCUUCGUACGCUUUGCUCAAGAACGACGGAGCCUUCGCACUCAAUGCCAAGUUUUUGUUACAGAUUAGUUUUUCCAUAAAACCAUUUUGAACCAAUCAGUAAUUUUUAGGUUUUAUUUAAACAAAUAAGUGUAAGAGUUAAAACUUUCAUAUUCUAUUAAAACGUAGCCCUAAAAUGAUAAGCUUUCUUAAAGCCUUAUUUUUCAAAAGUCCCUAUUCUUGCUCAGAUUAAGAGUUGCCAAAAUACCUUGUGAACUAAGUUGCAUUGUUGUGCUAAGAACACUAAGCACUAAACCGUUUAAAGACCUUUGUCUUCAAGAAGACUGCAGCUUCUGCAGGUGGGGAAGGCAGGCACUUUCUAACGAGUUUCGCACUGGAGAGGUUCUGCUUCUCUUACGAAAUGUUGCCAUUUUAAUGCAUCGGUAAUUUAUCAGCCCAUGUUCGUUACCUAACGUUGUACUGUACAUCAUAAUGGAAUGAGUGUAACAGCUCAACCCUUUGGAUCAAUCUUUUUGAUUUCAGCGUGAGAGUUUUUAAAAUGUUAGUGUAUCAGCUUUGGCUGAGAUCUGAAGCAAACUCUCACUCACGUGUCCCCUCCGAAGUGCUCUGCUCUAGACGUGGGCGCGCAGGGGUGGGUGCGAGGAGCGCUCGGUGUGGUUGAGGGUGAAGACAGCAGUAUUUUGACAAAAUAUGAAGUGGAAAUUAAUUUACACUACAUUGUACACGUACUAAUUAAACUGAGUAACAGUGUCACGGGUAAAAUUUUAAAUAGGUUAAUUUCCGUCAAAUGUAGUAGAUGAUGAAGAACGUUGGUAUUAAUCAGUAAGUGUCUUCUUAGGCUUUUCCUUUUUCUUAAACCUGCCGCCCCUCCCGGAAUUGGGCAUUUAAUUCGUCUUUGAACUGGUCAUUCCUACGGUUACUAACUGAGAAAGUGCUUUUCUUAGAGAAUCCCUUCUCAGCAGGCAGUAUGCCUCCUUGUACAAAAUCUUGAUACGUUUUUUUUUUUUUUUUUUAGAUUAGUAAAAGUGCAUUCCUCUUUUCAUGUUUCUUUAUUCAAAGCUAAUAAGUGCUUUCCUUAAUUAGUUUUCUAGUAACUAGAUGUAAAAAUCACGUGUUGCAUCUUUACAGUUUUUAAGAUAUUUUAGAUAUUCUUACUACGGACCUUCGUAACAUCACUGUCUUGCCAGAUCCCCACCGCCGCACCUUGACCGAUGCCGGCCGCCUCCCCCCGUGGACGCGCUUCCCCUUGCUCUGCCUAACCACGCCCCUUGGGGUGUGAGGUUCUGCAAGUCCCGUGCUCGUGCUAACCAGGUUCUGUGCAGCUUCCCCACUGGUGAGAACACGAGGCGGGGCCUUUCAACCACUAGAACAACAUUUUUUAAAUCGACAGUUGCAGAAUUGUGGAGUGUUUUUACAUUGAUCUUUUUGCUAAUGCAAUUAGCAGUAUGUUUUGCAUGUAUGACUUAAUAAAUCCUUAAAUCAUA